AUGGCGAUCACCAAGCCCCUCCUCUUCCUCGCGCUCCUCCUCGUCCCGCACCUCGCCGCCGCCGCCGCCAUCAGCGGGACCAAUGACCAGCAGCGCCGCCGCCUGCUCGAGAGCUACGCCGACGACGGCAGCGACGUGUACGUGGACCCGUCCUACGAGUUCCGCAACCAGCACCUCCGCGACGCCUACGUGGCGUUGCAGGCCUGGAAGCGCGCCAUCCUCUCCGACCCGCUCAACGUCACCGGCUCCUGGUCCGGCCCCGACGUCUGCGCCUACUACGGUGUCUACUGCGCGCCGUCCGAGCACGACUCCUACGUCACCGUCGUCGCCGGCGUCGACCUCAACCACGCCGACCUGGCCGGCCACCUCCCCGAGGCGCUCGGCAUGCUCGCCGACCUCGCCGUCUUCCACGUCAACUCCAACCGCUUCUGCGGCCUCGUCCCGGACUCCUUCCACCGGAUGCGCCUCCUCCACGAGCUCGACCUCAGCAACAACCGCUUCGUCGGCGGCUUCCCGGACGUCGUGCUCCGCCUGCCCAGCCUCCGCUUCCUCGACCUCCGCUACAACGAGUUCGAGGGCCCCGUCCCCAGCGAGCUCUUCGACCGCCCGCUCGACGCCAUCUUCAUCAACUCCAACCGCUUCCGCUUCAAGAUCCCCGACAACGUCGGCAACUCCCCGGCCUCCGUCCUCGUCCUCGCCAACAACGACUUCGGCGGAUGCCUCCCGGCCUCCGUCGCCAACAUGUCCGGCACCCUCAACGAGAUCAUCCUCAUGAACACGGGCCUCAAGUCCUGCGUCCCCGCCGAGCUCGGCAUGCUCACCGAGCUCACCGUGCUCGACGUCAGCCACAACCAGCUCAUGGGCGCCAUCCCCGCCGAGCUCGCCAACCUCAAGAGCAUCGAGCAGCUCGACCUCGGAUACAACCGCCUCGUCGGCGACGUGCCGGAGGCCAUCUGCCACCUGCCGCACCUCCAGAACUUCACCUACUCCUUCAACUACAUCACGGGCGAGCCGCCGGUAUGCCUGCACGUCAAGGCGUUGGACGACCGCCGGAACUGCAUCCCCUACCGCCCCGACCAGAGGUCGCCCGACCAGUGCCACUUCUUCAAGGGCAACCAUGUCAACUGCGACGCCUUCAGCUGCAAGAAGUUCGUGCUCCCGUCGCCGCCGCCACCCCCACCGUCUCCUCCUCCACCGUCACCCCCUCCACCAUCCCCAUCACCCCCGCCACCAUCACCCCCACCGCCAUCUCCUCCACCGCCGGCCGCAUCGCCCCCACCUCCGUACUACGAGGUCUCACCCGAGGAACGGUACCUCUCGCCGCCGCCUCCUCCCUACCAGGAGCCAACAACGCCGCCACACUACGACAUCCCAUCGCCGUCUUACCACGAGGUGCCACCCCCGGCGUACCACAACGACGCGCCACCUCCGCCCUACUACGAAGUGUCACCGGAGGACCGGUACCACUCGCCACCGCCGCCAGCCUACCAAGAGGAGCCGACGACGCCUCCUCACUACGACCUGCCCAGCUACGACUACUCGUCGCCUCCACCACCAACAACCAUGUGGAAGCUGCCGGCAUACGACUACUCGUCGCCGCCGCCACCGGCCACGCCAUGAAGCUGAUGAUUCUUUCCGGGGAGGCUGAUUUUUUCAUACAUUAUGAUCAUCCACGCUUGGCGUGGUGAAGAAAUGCCGUUACAAUACAAUCUUUUGUGUGUAUCUUGUACACUUUUUUAUUUUCUUUUUCUUUCUUCUCUUCUCACAAUAUUAAUUUGUUCUUGUUUUUCC